UUACACUGUACAGUUGAAACAAUGUAGUCUACCGCUGUGAUUCACUGUGAUGGUACAUAAUCUCACACCAUAAAGACCCGUGUUAACGCGCAGCCUCUUUCUGCAUUUAUAUUGCCGGUGUGUGUGCGCGAGGCUGGUCGUAAACUCUGCGAUUGGAGACGAUCACUGGUUAACAGGUCUGUGACUCAGGAGCGUCCGGUUCUUUUGCAUAAUCAUCUCCGUUGUGCACUCUGUCUUCUCUGGAGGACAAUGGAGCCAUGCAGUGCAUAGAAUAACACCAAGGACUAUUUUUUUGAGAAUCUGUUUUGUAGAUUAUAUUUACCGGGCUUUUCUGUGUUGUGCACUAAGCUUGUUCCACAAGACCAGCCCGGGUUCAGGCUGCUCAUCUGGCAGCAGGUGGUGCGACAUGUUGACCGGGGAAGUCACCCUCUUCUCUCCGUGAUUGUCAGUUAACAGUUAUAUAUGGUAUAAGGUGCUUGCUCCGGACAUUGGAAGUGGUAAAAGUGAUUGUCAGGGAUGCUCGGCCAAUCUCCUCACCUAAUCGGGGGCAUCUUGUGGAUCCAGAAUCCAAUGAGAGCUGUUCACUGCAACCUGAGCCAGAAUGGCGGCGACCACCAGAUGUGCCCGGAUGAUAUGACGUCACAGCUGGAGGAAGAGGAGGAGUCUGUGGAUGGGCCUUUGCUGCUGGACGAUGACAGCACGAGCUACCAGGACGUCAGCCCCCCCAUAUACCGGCGCCGCUCGCCACCACACCGCUCGGUCUCUGAGUCUGAGCUGUCACGGCCAGGUUACGUGAAGCUGUCCAAGCCAGUGGCCCUGUGGACCCAACAGGACGUGUGCAAAUGGCUGAAAAAACACUGUCCCAAUCAGCACCAGAUCUACAGCGACUCCUUCAAACAGCAUGACAUCACAGGGCGGGCUCUGAUGAGACUGACAGACAGAAAGCUGGAAAGAAUGGGUAUCAUGCAGGAAGCCCAGAGGCAGCACAUCCUGCAGCAGGUCCUGCAGCUUCGUGUCCGGGAGGAAGUCAGGACCCUUCAACUUCUCACACAAGCAGCCUCUCUGGAGUGCACUCCAUCUUCACCAUAGCCCGAUCUUAAAGGAAGACUACCCAGUCACAAAAGGACGUGGAUGCCCAUCGCCUUGCCAACCUCCACCCAACAUGUGGUCCCAAGACUUCUUUGUGGAACAAUCUCAGCUCUCUGUCUCACACUUUUGAUCUCCAUCCUCAUCCCUUCUGGGGGAAAAAAACGUAUGCCUUCUUCCCAGCCACUCCUGAGAAGCUCCCACGAGUUCUGACUUACUGUUUCCUCACAGUCCAAACAAUCUCUCACAGUGUCCUGGAAUCUGACCAGUAGUUUCCAUUACAGGCGUCCCAUCUCCAGUCAUUUCUGACCUUUGCAGCUAAACCUCCGCUAGACCUCUCACGCUAUAACUCCCACACUCCUCUCAGAAUCACUUCGCUCCCUCUCCCCCAAGCCAAGCCCUUCCAACAACUAAUCUACAAAAAUUGAACACUUGCAUUGGCUGGGAUUCCUAAGAGCAUUCAAACACGAAGCAUUGUUUCCUUGUGAUUGGAUGAUGGUUUCAUCUGUUUUUGCUGAUUUGCUUCUAGGGAAAUCUACACUACCCUUUCAGUAAAUAAUUGAGGCCUACAAUCCACUUCUUCAUUCCAACUC